AUGAAAUCAUAUCUCUAUGCUCAAGAUGAACAUGUUUGGAAUAUUGUAGAAAAUGGCUGGACUAUACCUAUGACAAAAGCAAAAGGAGAAAGCUCUUCCACUGCAAUUCCGAAACCAAGGAGGGACUGGACUGAGGAAGAAGUUCGUGAUCUGCAAGCAGAUUUCAAGGCUAAGAAUAGUAUUUUCACUGCCCUAUCUGAACGGGAAAAACUGAGGAUAAGUCACUGUGAUACGGCCAAGCAGGCAUGGGACCUUCUACAGACUACAUAUGAAGGAAAUAAAAAGGUACGUGCACAGAAAUUACAAGCACUGAUAUUUGAAUUCGAAACUAUGACUAUGGGAGAUGAUGAAACCAUUGAUGACUUCCAUGGUAGAAUUCUUAAAAUUUCUGGUCAGUGUCGUAGUCUGGGAGCACCUUUUGAUGAAGAUAAGAUUGUCAAAAAAAAUCUCAGAGCCUUGCCAGAAAAGUUUCGUUCAAAAGUCACUAGUAUAGAGGACUCAUUUGACAUUGAUGAAUAUCCACUCGAUGAGCUCAUCGGCAAUCUCAAAACCUAUGAGAUGAGGUUAAAACCUGAGAAGAAAAAUAAGGGAGUAGUGUUCAAGGCCGUAAAAGGAGUAGAAGAAGAAGAAGAAACACUAGAUCUUGCUCUACUAACGAAGGAAUUCAAAAAAUUUCUCAAAAGCAAGAACUCCUCUAGAAAUCUCAAUGCUCCUAGGAAAAACUCUUACGGAGGAAGCAGUAGCAGCGGUGACUACAACAGCAAGAGUGGAAAAGGAAGCUUCAAGGGAAACCUCUCAGGAAAGCCUAAAUGCUAUGAGUGUGGUGGCUAUGGUCAUAUCUCUACUGACUGUGGAAAUAGAAAGCAUGAAACAACAACAACAAACAGUGACGAGACCUUCUCUGAUGAUGAAACAAAUGUCCGCUACAGACAACUCUACAAAGCUUCAAAGGCUACUCUGCUUAAAAACUUGAAUUUGGAAAAAGAAGUUGAAUUUCUGAAAACUGAAAAAGAAAAGGUGGAGCGUCUUUUGGAAUCUUCGCAAUCUGCAUGGAAAUCAGAGAAAAGCAAACAUGUGAGUGAUCUACAAGAUGACCAAGAGCUAUUGGCAUGGAAGACUGAAAAAGAUGAGUACCUCAACAGGAUCAAAUUACUAGAAUUGGAUGUUAAAGGUCAACAAGCAUUAAACUUGGAAUUGUCGGCUAAAAAUGAGUCUAUGCAAGAUGAAUUGAGAUUGACUCAAGAAAGAUUCACCAAGUUUGAUAUCAGCUCCAACUCCAUGUCAAAAUUGCUCGGAUCAGGAAAAGCUCCUCAUGACACUUGUGGGUUAGGAUACACUGGAGAGAAUUCCAAAAGUACCAAAUUCGUAAGAGCAUCAAGACCUUCUGGAGAAAAAGAAGAAGUCUCCCCUAAUGAUCAUGUCAAGAUUGUGAAGAAAGGCAAACCAAUCCCAAACUGUCAGGUAAAAAUUGACCAAGAGUUCCCCACUGGUCAAAACAGGUACGCAAACUCUAGAACUUUUGUCCCUAUUUGUCAUCACUGUGGUAAGAUAGGCCAUAUCAGACCUAAGUGUAAUGAAAGGCUUUCAAACUCACAGUUCUCUCAAGAAAAAUGUACUUUUGAAUCCCUACAAUUUGAGCUUAAAGAACAAAAAGAACUCAUUAACAAACUAGCUGAAAUUGUUUCUAAUAAGAACUUUCAAACUGAAAGAAGAAAAGAGGUCUGGACCAAGAAAAAUGAAAGUAAGUGUCUUCGUUCUUAUGAAACUAAUGAUACAUGUCUUUUCACGUGUGCAAGCAAACAACGCUCUCACAUUGAGGCAACUUGUUUGGUAGCCCUGACUGCAUUAGCUGACAAGCGACGAGACUUCUGGUAUGUUGACAGUGGUUGCUCUAGACACAUGACUGGAGACAAAUCUUGGUUCACAUCCUUUGAGGAUGAAAACACAAUUGGAUCAGUCACGUUUGGAGAUGGAAGAAAAGCAAAUAUUCUGGCUCAAGGCACAGUAAACACUCCAGGUAUACCUAACCUUAAAAAUGUUUUAUCUGUUGAAGGCUUAACUGCAAAUCUGAUUAGCGUCAGUCAUUUGACUGAUGACUAUGAAGACGUAUGGUUUAACAAACAAAGAUGUUUGGUCUUAAAUCAGAAAGGAGAAGGUAUCAUGGGAGGUAAGAGAUCUAUUGAUAACUGUUAUCAUAUUCAAGCUAAUGAAUCUUCCAGCUUGCAGUCUUGCUUGUCUGUAAAAUCUACAGAGGAGACCUUUGAACUUUGGCACAGGAAGAUGGGACAUGUCAACUAUCAGGAUUUGCCGAAUUUAUCUUCCAAGCAAUGUGUCAGAGGCUUGCCAAAUUUAAGGGGCAAAACUGACAAGAUAUGUGGGGAAUGCAAAAUAGGAAAACAAACAAUGGCACCUCACAGAGUGAUAAAUUCUACAACAACCACAACGGUCUUGGAGCUAUUACACAUGGACCUCAUGGGACCAGCUCAAUCCUAG